AGGAUUCCCGAUUGUUACGUCUACAACGUGCAAGUUGACAUGCGACCACGAAAGCCAUAUGCCCGCAGACCCGACGCGUCAGCAUCAGAAAUUCAUACACGAAUUCACUCAUCUCAACAAAGCUCCACCACGACUACGCCCAACCCUAGACUCAGCGCAACAUACCCAAUUCGACGGAACGGACCAAAAAGAUUCGACGGAGCUACGUCACGUGGCAAAAGAGGCUGCGCCCGACCAGAGGCUCGAACUCUGAACCUUGAGAUCUCUAUCAGAUAAAAGUCUCACGCGCUGACCAAUUGU